AUGAAGUUCACUUCUAUUCUCGCCUCUUUGGCGCUGAGCGCCCUCACCUCCGCCGCACCCGCCGCCUCUCCCGAGCCUGCCGAGCUCGCGGCCCGCGCCCCUACCCUCUACCUCUGCGGUGACAGCACCAUGGCCAGGAGCAGCGACUCUCAGAUGGACGGCUGGGGCCAGUACGUCUCAAAGUACCUCAACAUCGCCGUCGUCAACCGCGCCAUCGGCGGCCGCUCAUCUCGCUCCUUCUGGAACGAAGGCCGCUUCCAAAAUGUCGCCAACGAGGUCAAGGCCGGCGACAUUGUCGUCAUCGAGUUCGGCCACAACGACGUCGGCUCCCCGCGCUCCAACGACAACGGCCGCUCCGUCUGCCCCGGCGAGGGCACCGAGACGUGCGUCUCGGACACGACGGGCGAGACCGUCUACACAUACAUCUUUUACGUCAUCCAGGCCGCCAAGCUCAUGACCGCCAAGGGCGCCACCGUCAUCCUCAGCUCGCAGACCCCUAAGAACCAGUGGGCCACGGGCACCUGGGUUGGCACCCCGUCCCGCUUCGUCGCCAUGCAGAAGAAGGCCGCCGCGACCAUCAACGACGCGGCCGUCACCUUCGUCGACCACCACCAGGCCGUCAGCAACAUGUACCUCAAGCUUGGAUCGUCGGCCGUCAAGGCCCUGUACAUCAAGGACAACACGCACACCAGCGCCGCGGGUGCCGACCUCAGCUCCCAGGCUUUCGUCCAGGCCAUCUACCAAAAGAUGAACGGCACGACCAGCCUUGCCGCCCACGUCAAGACGCCCAUCAAGACCGUCUACUAG